AUGCGGCACCCACGGCUACGGGCCACCAUUGCUGUAACAGCGACGGUGUUGGUAAUAUACUACUCGCUGUGGGUCCACCAUGGCAGGAAGCGCGACAAGUCAACGACGGUGCCUCAACCCUACCCCAAGCAAGCAUUGCCAGGGAAGCUUAGCAGUGAGCCCGAAGUUUCGACGACCACCACGACUACUACAAAGACCACCACGACUACUGCAACGACCACCACGACUGCUACGACGACCACAACGACAACAAAAAGUCCACAAAGAGAUGCCUGGAAGCCCUUCUACCGCCGCAAGAGGCCCGAUGGACAGCCAGAUCUGCCGAGAAUCCUCUUCUGGACGACCAUUUACGGUUACUGGUUUUCGGAUCUCACGGAGGAGGGAGUGGCCGAACUCGAGUACAAGGGGUGUCCCGAUCGCUGCAUUAUCGCCAACGACCGGCGCACGCUUAAUGUCAGUGACGCCGUUGUCUUCUACGGCCACGACCUAGAGCCCAAACGCUUGCCCAAAGAGCGGGCCCCUUUCCAGAAGUGGGUCUACUGGUCCCUCGAACCUCCGUGGCACUGUCCGGUGGCCUCGCUCAAAGGUCUCACCAAUACUAUCAACUGGACCAUGACUUACAGGCUCGACUCGGACAUCCUGGACACCUACGCCACGAUCACAGAGCAAAAGCCAGCUCUAAACCUGUACUCCAAGAAAUCCCUCAAACGCAUCUGGGAGCUAAAGUACAAGAUGGCCGCCUGGGCCGUCAGCAGCUGCAAUACGUCCGGAAAGCGCGAGGACUACGUGCGAGAUUUACGGAAGUACCUCGACGUAGACGUGUACGGACACUGCGGAGAAAAGCAAUGCCCUCGGCAAAACGAGACCGCUUGCUACAAGAUGUUCGCCAAAAACUACUUCUUCUACCUCUCCUUCGAGAAUUGCAUCUGCAAGGACUACGUCACCGAGAAGCUUUUCAAGCUGCUAAGGCACGACAUCGUCCCUGUCGUGUAUGGUGGAGCAAACUACACUCACGCUGCGCCUCCGGGAUCGUUCAUCGACGCCCUUAGCUUCGAGUCACCGAUGCAUUUGGCCCGCCAUCUUAAGAGAGUGGCCGAGGACUACAACCUGUACAAGAGUUACUUCCGGUGGAAGGGCAAGUACAACGUGAAGCCAUUCAGUUACUACAACUUUUGCGCACUAUGCCGGAAGCUGCACAGCGAAGACUUCAAGAAGACUUCGGUGGUGCCGGACAUCUACCACUGGUGGAACACAACUUCGUACUGUCGUGCCUGGAACCGCGGCACUCAGAAGUUCGAGUACUAAUUGAUGGUUUAGAAAGGGUACGGUGGAAGUUACUGUCGCGAUCCCCGCUUAUCCAACUAAUGUGCAAGGCCGGAGCAGAAUUUUGCUUCGGACGAUUGUAGACAUGGUACUUCCAAGGCAGUGCAUAUUUAGUUAGUGAUCCUAUGACGGUCAUCUUCCCACCUCCGCCGCCGCUGAAAGCAACCAAGGUCUCCCUGCGUGUGCUUCUGUUAAAUGUAUAUAGUUCGCCUGCAAUAAGACGCGAAGGCACAACGUUAGGUCCGGGAGAAAGGACAUUGCAACAGUAUUUUGCGACGGUAGAAAAUGGACACCCUACGGUUAUCAAAUGUUCGGGCACUGAAAUCUGCCAGAAAAGUUGCUGCAAUGUCGUUUAAAUUGUCGAGAUUUGUGUCCGCCAGUAUUGCUGAACACGGUGGAUCUUUUCAGAUCAUGGAAGCUAAGUAGCAUUCUGCUUCGUCACUACGUUGGAAGGAGGCCAACUGAGCACUCUCGACCACUGAUGGUUUCACUUCCGCUGAAUAGUUGAGCGGCUCGCGUUGAGCGAUGCAUUUGCAGUGUCUGCGACAGAAAAUCUUCCCCUCCCCGAUGGAACGCGCCCAUAGCACCCGACCGUGAGCCACAUGGAGCACAUGAACGCAAACGACUCAUGCCAGGGUGAAGCUGCAAGUCUCGGUCAGCAGGGAAAGGAUUUAGAACGUUAAAUAACUGACGACACCGUCUCUGGUAUUUUGAUUUUAGAGCGCGCCUGGUCCCUCUUGGCAGCUCGUCGCUCAUCCGUAUUCACACAUACGGUAGGAAGAAUUGUUACGGGUAAUUUUUGAGAGCUACUGCUUACUCACGGCUACGGUCGUCAGCACCAAGCGGUAGACAGUAUUUUAAGUCACAGAUGCACUCCAUUAAAACCCUAGUUCACAAGAAUUCACAAUACAGGCUCGUAGCGGAAUUGAAUAUGUCUGAGGGAGCCGGUAUGCCAAAAAGUAAAGCAUUGUUACACUAUAUUUUAGUCAUAUAAAUGCAGUGAUAAACGCAAGUAAGCCUCACAGCACAUUCCUAAAAAGGAUACUCAACCGACUCACGUUGCGGUGUAUCUGCUCGUCACACUGUACACAGACUCUCUUGGAUCGACAGACCCGGUGACUUGCUCGCAGUACUAGGACGGCCUCCAUCAACAAGCAUUGAGAAGUAUGUGUUACUACUGAAGAAGGAGUCGAUGUGACUAGGUCAGGGAUCCAUGCAAGCAUCUCUUGGCAGUCAAGGGGACCUCUUUACGAUGACAAGAACGACCCUUCUUCAGAGUGUCAUUUGUCGACCGACAAACAAUGGUGGCCUACAAGACGACCACGGCAAUAGUUGGUGAAACUACCCCUUGGUACAGAAAAUAUGACUUCCGCCAGGGUUGUCACAUGACGACGUAUACGCUAAAAUGGGAGCGCACAACGUAUGAUAACCUGCGUGUAAGAAAUGCAAAUUUCGCCUGCAGCUCUCUCCCACCGUUAAAUGUUAUAAUAAAUUGUAAUACUAGAAGCAACUCAACAAAUGUUGCUGUACACCUUAGUGCGUAAAAUACCAAAAGUAAAAGCUUCGCCACUAUUACGUAUUAACCUCAAGAGCAUCAGCGAACAAGACUUCGCAUAAACAGAAGACAACACUCUUAUCUGCUAAAUUGGAAUCAAAGGCUGAGCUAAACAAUCACUGUGCUUCUGCUGCCACAUCCGGUAUGCAUUUUUUUAUUUGUAAAAAUCGUCAUGAAUAGCUGCAAUAUGUCGAAAGUUCUUAUGUAAUAUAGCAUUCAAGAAAGUUUAACAAGAUUUCGAUUGCUUUGCCAUGACAAAGGACUUCCUUAUUCCAGUAUGCCAUGAAGGAAAUUUUGGACAAACACACUAAUGAACUAUUAUUUCCGUGCUCGUAUUAAACCACGAAUUUGAUAGUUAGAAAAAAGGAAUCGUGCAGCACAAAUGCCAGCGGAAAAAAAGAAUAUAUCUAAAGUUGACAUAAUAUAUAUUGCAUGAUGAACAGUGCCAAAUGAAAAUGAAUAGUGCAAUUUAGCAUAGUAAGUACAUCACACAAUGUUCGAAAUGUGCAACUUUACCAUCCUUUCAUUCAAUUUGUGAAAAAGGACUGUUGUUUUACGUCUCCUUGCCUCUGUCAGGACUACCUCCAUGUUUGUCCUAAACUUUAUUUGCGCGUUACAGAUCUGAAAGCACGACACAACAGUUAAAAACGUGUACAAAUUUUAUUCAAUAAAUAUAAACGCACAUAAAUCACAUCACAAUCAGAGUACAUAUGUGAUUCCAGGGGAUGAAUGACUAGGUCUAACCAGAGGAUUGUCGAAGUAUUCAGUCUGUCGGACACAGUGAACGAAGUGAG